AUGAAUAUGUUGGAUGAUGAAGAUGACCAAAGCUUUCACGCUACGCGUGACGGCUACUCCCAUUUGAGCGAUGUCGAAUGGGAUGCGGUUGAACGAAUGGGUUCGACCAUGGGCAUCCAUGCUGUUAGCGUCAUGCUAGAGGCUCUCAAUAGAGACGCCCAACAUGCUACUAUCGCCAAGUUCAUCCAAAAUGAACUUGACGCUGAACGCGAGAAAGUAGCCUUGCUUCACCAACAAGGUUCUCAACAAGCAGAGUUGUUGAGAGAACAAGGUGCUCAACAGUUUGAACUGUUGAGACAGCAGCAGGCUGCUGCUGGCGGGUCGAUGCACUCGCGUCGGCCCGAGACUUUGAAGAUUGACAUCUCAAAGUAUAGAGGGGUCGAAGAAGACUCCCUCUUGAGAUGGUUCGUCGAAUUGGAUGACGCCAUAAGGGGCGCGUCGCAUCGACGACGGGGAUAUGCAAGUUGCAUUUGCCCAAUCAAAUCUGGCAGGACGUGCCAAGACUUGGGCACUGGGGCUCAAGCUGCACGACCCAUAUGCGUUUGGGUCGUUGGAAGUCUUCAAGUCGCGGCUCAGACAAACGUUUGA